AACCGACACCCGCUCUGCUGAUCAUGGUCAACAAGACCUUAAACUACUGGGCUCCCGACUUCGAGGAGGACGUUAUCAACAUCAACGUGGGGGGACUGAGGAGAAGGCUGAGCUCCAGCGCCCUCUCCAAGUUCCCCGACACCCGCCUGGGCCGCUUGCUCUCCUGCGACUCGGAGGAGUCCAUCCUGCAGCUCUGCGAUGACUACGACGUGAGUGCCAGGGAGUUCUAUUUCGACCGAAACCCGGGCUUCUUCCUCUACGUGCUCCACUUCUACCAGACGGGGAAGCUGCACGUCAUGGAGGAGCUGUGCGUCUUCUCCUUCUGCCAGGAGAUCGAGUACUGGGGCAUCAACGAGUUCUUCCUCGAUUCCUGCUGCAGCUACCGCUACCACGAGCGCAAGCUGGAGAGCCGCCACCACAACUGGGACGAGGAGAGCGAGGUCAGCAGCGUGGACACCUCUCCCGAUGAGAUAUCCGACAUCAACCACGACCUGCUGCGCUACAGCACGCUGCGCUGCGGCAACGUGCGCAAGCGCCUCUGGCUCACCAUGGAGAACCCCGGCUACUCCAUCCCCAGCAAACUCUUCAGCUUCGUGUCCAUCAGCGUGGUGCUGGUUUCCAUAGCCACCAUGUGCAUCCACAGCAUGCCCGAGUACCAGGAGGUGGACGAGAAUGGCAACGUGCUGGACGAACCCGUCCUGCACAAACUGGAGUACUUCUGCAUCUCCUGGUUCACCUUUGAAGUGUCUUCCCGCCUCCUGCUCUCGCCCAACCCCAGGAAGUUCUUCAAGCACCCACUGAACCUCAUUGACAUUGUCUCGGUGCUGCCCUUCUACUUCACUCUCUUGGUGGACGUCACCAUGGGCAGYGACUCGGAGCUGGGCAACCUGGGCAAGGUUGUGCAGGUGUUUCGGCUCAUGAGGAUAUUCCGGGUGCUGAAGCUGGCUCGGCACUCCACGGGACUCAGGUCGUUGGGGGCCACCUUGAAGCACAGCUACAGGGAAGUGGGCAUCCUGCUGCUCUACCUGGCUGUGGGGGUGUCCGUCUUCUCCGGCGUGGCCUACACCGCCGAGAAGGAGGAGGACGUCGGCUUUGACACCAUCCCGGCCUGCUGGUGGUGGGGGACGGUCAGCAUGACCACCGUGGGCUACGGCGACGUGGUGCCCGUCACCGUGGCCGGCAAGCUGGCGGCCUCGGGCUGCAUUUUGGGUGGGAUCCUGGUGGUGGCCUUGCCCAUCACCAUCAUCUUCAACAAGUUUUCCCACUUCUACCGCAAGCAGAAGGCCCUGGAGGCUGCCGUGAGGAACAGUGAGAAGAAGGACUCUGAGGAGCUGGAGAACUCCAGCCAGAACCAGGAUUCGGAGGCCCUGAGYGAUUCCUCACCGGGCAGAGGCAGCCCGGAGCGCCGCGGGCUGACGAGGGGCAUCCUCCCCGCUCCCUGAGGAGCCGCAUGGCGCCCUCGGCGGUGGCAGGGCCCCGGYGGGCGCCCACGACUCGCUCCACGUGCUACAUGCCCCUCUCCCCGCCAUCUUGCUCACUGUGAGAGCGGCGGCGCUCRCGCGCGGCCCU